AUGACUUUACCGGAUGCUUCCAACAUUUAUGGGGCUCGGACUUCCGACGAAAGUACACUUGCUGAAGACCGAAUGCUUCCCGGAGCUCUUCGUGACGCGUCCUUUGUAACGAGAUUACUCUGUCUUUUUGCACUAGGACGUCCCGAUCUUGAAACCCAUUGGGAGUCGCUGCAAUCCAAGGACGCGUUCCAGAAUGCGAGGGAAAGGCAAUGCUCUAUCCUGACCAACACUAUCACCGCAAAGGCCGGUUUACUUCUCGCGACAAGUGGUGUUUUCGUGACUACUGUCUCUCCCGCGCCGUAUUUUGACUACACCUCGCCUGCCCCUUAUUUUCUACUCUUCAUAUCACUCAUGAUGGCCAUGAUUGCAAUGUUGACAUCGGGCUUGGGCAUGAUACGUUGGCUACAUGCCGAUCGCCAGUGGACUCAAGAGCAAAUCAAGCCAGGCGGUUAUUUCCUCUUGCCUUACCUCUUAUCAAUGGUCAUGCCUAUGUUCUUUGCUGGCCUGUCCCUGAAUUGCUUCAUAUUUGCAAUGUUGAUAGCAGGUUUCUGCUCUCAGAACACUGUCUGCCACGUCCUUACCGCGGUCUGGCUCGUCGCAUACGUCGUCGGCGUUGGGUCGAUGUCGAUUGAAUUUAUGUGGAAGUUAGCCCAGAUGUCUUAG